AUGGAAUUCGCGCCCUCCCGUCACGCCGACGACCUCCACACAGCAAUCGGUGUUGCUGGCCUCACCCCCGCCGAAGAGGCUUUUCGUGAUACCUCUGAUACCACAACGUCUUCCCCCAAACCCGACCAACCCCUCCCCAUCUCUCCCCAGACCCAGUCAUGGGAGCUUAGAGACGAUGAGUUGAUGGCCACAGUCUUCAGGAGGGAUGGCCGGUCGCCCGGCCGGCGGAUGGACGAUGAGGCCAUCGCCGGUACUGCCGUAGGCGUUGUUCUCGCUUUUGCCCUGUUGGUUUGUUGUCUCUACCCUCUCGUGGUUCACUAUCUCAAGAAGCGCCGCCGUUCCAAACCAUACUCUUGGGAAUGCGAAUACGGCACCACAUAUCGGGGUCAACCGCGCGACCGCCCCCGACGAUUAUCAUCUAGCGACAAGACCGACGACGAAGGCAAGAGCCAGCAAAACUACAACUCACAAAAUGGCUACGUAUACUCCGUGGAACCGGCCCAAGGCCAAGCACAACCGCCUGCGACAGGCUACGAUGCCUCUGCAAUUGAGUCCACCGCUGCCGAGCCCCAGUUGGUGCCGCAAAACCACGACAACUUCUCAACACCCUUUCCCUACUACCAAGAUACUGUUCCACCGCCGCCAUCUGCGCCCAAUCAGUUUGUCCUAAAAGGUACCAGUGAGGAUUACUACAGCCCAUAUGUGCCGUCAGAGGCCUUUGGGAUGUACCCGCCGCCAGCGGCUGUCAUUGAACCUCCCUCGGAACCCCAACGCAGCGCUCAACGGGGCACAUCAUUAAGACACAAUGUUCGAUCGCUUCUCCGCCGAAAAGCAGUUCCGGACCAGCCAGAAGCCUCGCCGCACUCUAUCCCGUAUAGUGACUAUACGCCUGCUCAGGGUCACCAGUUUCCAGUCGUCUCUCAGGGUUCGGACACUGUCCAGUAUGCGCAGUUCUAUCCAGCUCAGCAGAUGGAAGGAAAUCCAAUGCAGUCACAGUACCCUCAAUAUUAUCGUGUAGCUGGAUCGGCGGUUGAGAUUCCAACCAUGCAGGGAUAUGCAAGCCAGGACACCUUCCAGGCUUCUUCCUCCGAAUUGGAAUUCUCCUUUGGCCUUCCCAUAUUUGGAACGGUAAACCCAAUGGACAUCAUGCCACCGGCAACCGAAUCUGAAAUAUGGCACAGAGCUGAUUAUCAGCUAUACUCGUCUUCAAACCAGGAUUCGCCGCCUGAAAUGCCAAACUCCAUUGAAUUAGUGCAACCAAACGGUGUUGCUCCCCCAGUUUCCGUGGUGGCUCCAGCAUCGAUCUCAAUUAGAGAGGAUUUGCCCCCAGUCUCUGACCCAGGGCCCUCAACUACAAUUAUCUCCGCAAGGCACGCUACCAGCUCUCAACAGCCAAGGCCGCCUCCUGUUGCACCAGAGUCAACUCCGGAUCCCAGCUCGACAUCUACUCUCAGUGCGACCCAAUCUGCCCCAACCUCGCGCUUAUCAGCACAGCCUGCUUCUGUACCCGGAGCCUGCUCUACGAAUCCGUCCACACUUAGCACACCUUCUACACAUGGCGAUACUCCUUCCCCCAGGUCAUUAAACAGCUCCGAUUUCCGCCAGAGCAUUUCUCCACCAAAUGGCAUGAAUGCCCCUUCACCAAAGGGCGGUGUUUAUCAUUGCGAUGAGCGCGGUUGCAACCAGUUCUUUGACCAGCCUCACAAACUAAAACACCACCAGAGAUAUCACAGCAAGGACCACAAAUGCCCGUAUGCAGGGUGUGGGAAGGGCUUCGGCACCAAGACCCACCUGCAACGUCAUAUCAAUGACCGCCAUGAAAAGAAGAAGAAAUUCCACUGCUCAAUGCCUGGAUGCGAUUAUUCCAGGACAGGAGGGAAAGCAUUUCCAAGAAAAGACAACUGGAAGAGGCACAUGGUCAAGAUUCACGGCAUGGACCAGAGCAGCCUGCCUGAGCCUGUCGAGGUUGACCAAGAAAUGACAGGUGCUUGA